CGCAGGCGGCGCUGGGGGCGGUGCUGGCGGCGGCGAUGGCGGCGGGGCGGGCGCGCGCCGUGCGGCUCCUGCAGCGACUGCAGCGCGCGGCAUGUCGGUGCCCGAGCCACUCCCACACUUAUUCCCAAGUUCCUGAAUGGCCUACCCUGGGAAAUAGAGAAUAUGCAUUUGAGAUGGCCGUUUCAAACAUCCGAUAUGGAGAAGGAGUUACUAAAGAGAUUGGCAUGGACCUGCAGAAUCUUGGUGCUAGAAAAGUUUGUUUGAUGACAGAUAAAAACCUCUCCCAGCUCCCUCCUGUGAAUGCAGUAUUGGACUCCUUGGCAAAAUGUGGUAUAAACUUUCAGAUGUAUGAUAAUGUCCGUGUGGAACCAACAGACCAAAGUUUCCUGGAUGCCAUUGACUUUGCUAAAAAGGGAGAGUUUGAUGCCUACGUUGCUGUUGGAGGAGGGUCUGUCAUUGACACCUGUAAAGCUGCCAACCUGUAUGCGGCCAGCCCUGCAUCAGACUUCUUGGAUUACGUCAAUGCUCCUAUUGGGAAAGGGAAGCCUGUCACUGUGCCUCUCAAGCCACUCAUUGCAGUUCCAACAACAUCUGGAACUGGAAGUGAAACUACUGGUGUUGCCAUUUUUGACUUCAAAGAACUAAAAGUGAAAACUGGUAUUGCUUCAAGGGCCAUUAAGCCAACAUUAGGGAUCAUUGACCCUUUACACACACUGUCUAUGCCUGAACGAAUAGUGGCCAACAGUGGCUUUGAUGUGCUUUGCCACGCUCUAGAAUCAUACACCGCUCUUCCUUACAACAUGCGCAGUCCCUGCCCUUCAAAUCCAAUCAACCGACCGGCUUACCAAGGCAGCAACCCCAUCAGUGAUGUCUGGGCUCUUCAUGCUCUGCGCAUUGUGGCUAAAUAUUUGAAAAGAGCCAUCAGAAACCCUGAAGACCGUGAAGCAAGAGCCAACAUGCACCUAGCAAGUGCUUUUGCAGGUAUUGGCUUUGGCAAUGCUGGUGUUCAUCUCUGCCAUGGAAUGUCUUACCCUAUUUCUGGUUUGGUGAAAACUUACAAACCGAAGGAUUAUAAUGUGGAUCACUCUUUAGUGCCUCACGGCCUUUCUGUGGUGCUGACAUCCCCAGCAGUGUUUGCUUUCACGGCACAGGUACACCCUGAGCGGCACUUGGAAGCUGCAGAGAUACUAGGAGCUGACAUCCGCACUGCCAGAAUCAAAGAUGCAGGAUUUAUUUUGGCAGACACACUCCGGAAAUUCCUAUUUGAUCUGAAUGUUGAUGAUGGCUUAGCUGCAAUUGGCUAUUCUAAAGCAGACAUCCCUGCAUUAGUCAAAGGCACACUGCCUCAGGAGAGAGUGACUAAACUAUCACCACGUCCCCAAACAGAGGAAGACUUAUCUGCCCUCUUUGAGGCUUCCAUGAAGCUUUAUUAGCUUAAACAUUUUGUUCCAAAAAGUGUGCACUGUUCUAACACAAAGGAUGUGAUAGCAGUGUGGAAUCCUGAGAAGAGAAUCUUUUUUCCAGGAGCCUAAUUCAUGGCAGCCAUGCUGUGUUUGGAGGGUAUAUACUUUCUGGAGAACUGAACAGCAUGCAGGUUUCAUCACUGCAGCAGGGUACUUCUAUGGGCUAGUUAGGAAAGUAGGGUAUUUUCUUUCAGCACACUUUUUAUUUGCCAUUUAUCCCAGUAUGGCAGUUAUGACCAAGCUGCAUUUUCAGCUGACUGAACCUUGCACUUAACUUCCUAUACCAGAUAACCUAGAACUCUUGCUGGUUUUUAAAUUAAGGCUCACACACACACACACACACACACCCCCAAUAUGGUGGAUUUUAUCUGUAUUUUGUAGACAAGACAAAGAGUUCGAUAUAAUACCUAACUCGACAUAAGCAGAUGGUGCUGUAAGAAGGGCCAUUUCUGUUUUCUAUCACUUUUUGGCAGCAUCAGGGUCUUCGACUAGCUUAAACUGGUUGUGAAAUCGCACUCACAGACAUCAGGUGCACAAAUGUUCUCCCACCACCAAUUAUUAGUUGCUAGUGUAAAUUUUCUGAAGAAAAAUCAAGGGAGGUCAAGUCACCUCCCAGUGCUAUCUUUCAAAUAGUGAUAGUGUGACAGGGAGUCACACCCCAGCUCCUGGGCAGUGGUGGUUUUAUUCACAACUGAACAGUUAACCAGGGUUUUUCAUGCCUUAUCUUACUAAAUUGCUCUUUUCUGACACAACCUAGUUGGUCAAAGAUAUCUGUAUCUUUGAAUGUGCCUAUUUUGUGCACAUGAGCCUGCAUCUGUAUGAAAUUUAUAUGGGGAGCUGGAGUGGCACUGUAAUUGUCAGUGCCUGGUGGUGGUUGGGCGUGUGUGUGAAAUCUGGACAGCUUGUUCUUGUGGCUCCUGUUACUGCUCUGUUACUCAAGCCCUCCAUGACAGAUCUGUUAUUGCCUUUAAGUGAUACUGAAAUGCAAAUAACAAAUAAUAUUGUACUUCCUAUAAACACAAACUUGAUUGAAAGUGUGUGGUUAAAUCUGGCAUGUUAACUUCAAUCCUAUAAAGUAACUGAACCAAAACCACUCAGAGAAAGCAGGCUUUCGCUAGCUUCACAGACCAUCGUGAUUCUUCCUGCAAAGUCAUUUGCCUGAUGAUCUUGGUGCUGUGCAGACAAAGCCAUUGUGUUGUGGGGUGACAACCAAGAGCAACGGUAGAGGCAUUCCCGAAAUAAAAGCAUCCAAACUACUGCACAGUGUUUCUGUGAACAUUUAGGACCGUUUGUGCAUGCCUCAGUCUGCAUAAUCAGUACAUAGUUAUAAGUAUUAUUACAUAUUUCAUGACAACAACAUUAUCAAUCUUUUUAUGUCGUACUCAUUAGCAGUAGGAUUUGAUUGAGUCUCCUCUUUCUUGUAGAGUAAGAGACCUACUUUCUGCCUUAUGUAGCUGUAACUAUAUAAAAGGAUUUGUCAGGUUUCGUAUAAAGAAGAACAAAUGCUUAGUUUGUCUAGAUCAUGGUUUCUAAAUAGGUUUUAAGUAAGCAUAAAUGGCAGAUAUUCAGACACAACAGAAGAAUGGUGUGAAUAGGAGUUACCAUGUUCAGAAUUCUUGCCAUGGACAUUGACCUGCUACUUCUCCCCCUUGGCCUUAUGUUCUCUGAGUUCUGCACAGAUAAACACAAAUUGAACACUAGCUUAUCUGGUUGCUUAUUCGGUCCGUCUACAGUGAUAAGAUUAGCUUUGGGGAGCGAGUAUGAACAAGUGCACGUGUAGUGCUGGUGAAAAUAGUUUACCAGCAGGUGUAGUUUUACCUUGAGUACAAAAUGGAAAGCCCACUCCCCUCACAAGGUGCUGAGAGCUUGGUACUAAUAGAACUUAGUGUAGCUGGUACAAUAGUUUGUCCAGACCCUCUCUUCCCUUGUGUCUUCCCAUUCUAAUGCUGAUUUUCCUAGCAGUUAAAGUAAAAAGAGGAUGAAGCAAAAAAUGUGUAACCAACAUGCCUAAAUCAGCAAAAAUUCUCACCAUCAUCCUGUGUGAAUAAACAUGGAAGAAACCACAGGUAGGUUAGUGUCUGUGCUCAUUCCUCGUUGUACCAUCUUCGCUUAAUGUGCCAAUGCUGUCAUCUUCUGUUUUGUUGGCUUCCCAUCUCCCUGAGACCUGAAAAAUGGAUGAGGGAGUGUGGUGGUUAAGAAACACAGCCAAGCUAUGUCUAGGUGCUUCCCAUAACCCCUGAGUAAAUCUGCUUAAGCGUCACAGUGCUCCGGAACAUGUGCAGUAUGCCUUUGAUUCAACAGGUCCGUCCUAAUAAAUCUAUCACUGCAUUAAGUGUCUGUGCAGAAGGGACAAGGGCAACCUGAUGCAAUGCAGCAGGAGCCCUAGAGGUAUGGUCUCCGUUUUUCCUCAGAUCAUCCCUGUGUACUUCCUAAACAAAAAGGAAUUUAAUUUAUAUUCAGAAAUACUGAGUACAGAAAGCGAUGAGACCAUUUUCCUGGUUUCUUCAGGAACAGUAGGUGAUACAGAGGAACACAGACCACUUGUCUGUCACAGUGUCUUGGACAGUGAGAACAGGGUCUCACACACCUUCCCACUCCUGCUAAUCCUGUCUUGAAGCCUGGUUCCAUCUUUAACUUGUCACCAGGCCACCUGCAGAAGAAGUUCCUCUUUGAGCCACGGUGUGGUGGGACUGUCAGUUACUGAACUUGCAAGGGUCUCGGCUGUCUUUGUGCUUGCCUUAUUUCCCACAGGCAGUUACGUUUGUGCUUACCUGCAGUGUGCGUAUGAGAAAUCACUCAGGCUCAGUUUGUCACAAAAUCUUUCGUGCAUAUUUUUUAUGUGUCCAUGAAAAUAAGCAGAAGGUUCUACUGUUGCUCUGAAUUUCUCAGUGAAACAGACAAAAAAACCCCACCCAGAACCUGGGUUAUCAUUAGGAAGGCUGCAGUUCCCUUGGAUGCAAUGUUUCUGAAUGUAGUUUUAUAUUUUGCCCAUUGUAGGCUCACAUUAAAUAACCCACUAAAAUGCCAUUCAUUUUCUUUUCUCCCCACUGCACUGAAACAUCUACCACGAGCAAGUUGGUAGAAAACGUUGUGCAGCCAAGUAACAACAAUAAGAGGAAGAAUCAUUUGACACAGCUCAAUGGAAUGUUAAUCAGCGUCUUAACUGCUUUCCUAGUAAUAGAAGAAGGGAUGAAAAAAAUACUUGCAGUCUUUGAUUUCUUUUGAAAUAUUACAUGUACUCAGUUUUCAGAGAACUUUAAAUACUACAAGUGGCAGCAGGUAUUUUCCUUAUUUCUCCGAUCAUAAGAAUUAAAGGGGGGAAAAAAUGCACACCUGUGAGGUCACACAGUUAAGUGAAAGCAGAGGAACUGUAACCCAUAUCCUUUGCAGGGCAGUGUUAAUUCACGUCACUGUAGAGCCACAGAGUUCGGUUCCGCAGCCGUGUAUGCUGGCAGCACACCAAAGUUAACAGAGUAGCAAUAGAACGAAGGCUGUGCCCACACUGUCAUCUGAGCUCUGGCAAAUGUUUGAUUUAAUCUGAUACGACUAUAUCAUGAAAUGUAUAUAUCAUGGCGCAAACACUGGUUUAUUGAUGUGGAACUUUUGCUCUGUGUUCCCUGACUUGCAGUGACUUUGACUAGCUUUAACAAUGCACUUGUGCUUUUCCUAGGGUAGGCUGUUUGGAUUUUUGACCAUACAGCCUUAAAUUAGCAACUUGACAUUGAAAUGCUGAUUUACACCUGCAGUCAAAUGGAUAACACAUGUUAAGGACUGAUUGUCAGCAGCUCCAAUGUGUUAUCGCUUCAUUCUGUGGCAUUGUCACUUGCCUUUAUGGGAUUUAAGGAUGCCAUUGUGUGGUAUUGUUGUUAUGGCUAAGGACACAGCUGUGGGGGGCUGACACUGUGUGUGGACAUUGUCAUUUAUCUAAAAGCUGACAUCACUUUCGAAAAAUCACUAUGGAGGUUUGGAUGUUUAAGUGUUGCUGUGUAUUUUAAGACAGUAUUAGAAAUAAAGACGCUUUUUUUGCUGGCAUAAAAAACAGUUAACAUUGA